AUAUAUGGAGGAGGGCGGCCAAUCUCAGCGAGGAUUAGCGGAUGACGGAGCUCAGCGCAGGGAGGCCGGCCAACGGCUGUUUGAAAACAACAGGCGGGAGCGAUUACAAUGCAGUGAAUACCUGUAAUGGUAUGAUCUUUUUCAAUGUUCCACGCUAACAGAAAGCAAAGCCAUUUGCACGGAACAAAGGAUGAAGAAACACAGAUCUGUUCCAGUUGCUCCUGGCCACAACUUGCGGUCACUUUCCGUUUGUUUGGAUGACAUUUCCCCAAAUACUUUGACUUCCGUCAAAAAUUUAGAGAAACUGGCUUGGCAGCAAAAGUCCAAACCAAGAGCUUGGACAGAUAGACAUGAUUUACCAAACCUCUGUGUCGCCAGGGCAGGUAUUAAUCUGCAAAUAAAUACAGCCAAACUGGCAACUUCAUGUCUAGCGAAUGGUGACGUGUUCCAUGACGCAAAGAACAGUGACACGCCAGAUGAAUUGUUUAAGAAAGUGAAGAAGUUGAUGGUUCUGGGUGUUCUUUCUAAAACUGGCAAUGAAAGAGACCAGACCACUGAUGAUGUAAACCGUCCCCAGGAUACCUGCUCCGCUCAUUCCUUUAAUCUACGUCUAGAUGCUGAGCAACCAGGGAGCCGUCCAGUCCGUGUAGACCAACAGCAACAAGGGGCAAAAAUUCAGGGUGCACAGUCAAGCUUGGACAAGUUCCACAAAGAAGCACGGAGAGAAAAGACGGAGCAUUUGAAAGAAAACCGAAGCAGGAAUUUGGUGGCCACAGAAGGAUGUAGACCAUCAACGGCAAUCCAUGCCAAUGAGAGAACUUUGGAAUCAGAUAAACCAUCCUCAAAGAGUCGGCUAGAUGUACAGCAGCCAUAUGUGGAUCAUUGCAAAGAGCCCCGUGAUCAUCUCUUGGGACCAGCAAAAGCAGACAUUCAGCAGAAGCAAAUGGCCAAUGCUCCAGUAACUGCCUCUAUACCUAGUGUUGACACGUUGAGAGAGAAGGAGAAGAUCACCCUAAGCGAAUGGAUUGUGAAAGGUGUCGAGACCAGAGGAAUAUGUGUAGAGGGAAAACGUGGGGAUUCUGACAUGCUGUACUGGCAUAGUAAUAUCAUUAUUCAUCGAAUCCAACAGACACAAGUAAAAACAUUAACUGGCCGAGUGUAUGAGUUGCUAGGAAAAGCAGAUACUGCCUCCAUGCUUCUAGCAGGUUAUCCCACAUGGCUGGUGCAGAAGUUUGCUAAUGGAUUUCCUGAAAAUUGGAAGAAGUAUGUCUGCUAUUUUUGUGAAACAACCGGAAGGACUGGAGCACAAGACAAGAGAUGUAAUCCACCGGUCAAGCUUCAGAAGAAUGACAAUUUAACAAAAGAUGAAAGGAAGGCCAUAAACCGUAUGACCGGUACAGAGGACGACCAUGUACGUCUACAGAGGAAGAUGGAUAUUAGAAAGCCAAACACUGUUAGAACGGUCGGAAUGACUUCUGUUACAAACGGCUGCAAUGUUUUGAAAGCUAAAGGCAAAUCUGUAACCAACACAUCGCUACUAAGUGGUGUCUCUACAGACUCUAGCCGCCACAUCAAACCUGCGCUCAACUACUGGUGUGGAGAACGUAUAUCAGUUGAUCGUCUGAACGUUAACGUCCUAAGAAUAGCAGCAGACCCUCUGAGCAAUGCACUUGGAAGAGGUCAGAGAACACAUGGUUCUAAGACUGUCACAAAAUCCAGGCCAAAGGGAAAUAAUCCAAAGAGCAAAACACCAAGGAUGUCUGCAUCCUGUACAAGAGGACAGAAAAGAGAAGCCCCGAAAUGCCACUUAAAUCUGAAAUUGGGUACUCUGAGCUCUACUGGAACUCGUGGUCUGCACAUCGCAGAGGAAAGCACAGGUAUAAAAUGUCUGCAGAAAAUGCUUCGCGUUAUGCUCACACCCAUUGGCUCCAAGUAUGAGUUGAGAAGGAAAUGUUUGCAAAAUCAAGUUUACUGCGAUGGAUUGUCUACAGAGGCCUCUACGGACAAAGGCGUGGUUGAAAGUGAACCAGAUACGAGGACCUGGAGGUCAGAGAGGCAGCAAAAAACAUCUGGAAGGAAAGAGACUCUCCAGGCCAUCUCCAACAUCACCUGUGUUGAUUACGCCCCAUCCGGGUCUAUCAAAGGGAAACAAGACUCUGAGGAAGAGGUGAAAAUGUUAUCUAAAGACAUCCGUGAAAUGCUUUCAAAAUCCAAGGCUACUCUGAGCAGCUCGAAGAGUCUUCUAUUAACCAUCCCUGAGGAGUGUAAGGAAAGUCACCUCAAGGAUUCUCCUCCACUAUUGUUCUCACCCACGCAAUCUAAAAAUGAUCUGAAAAUAAAAAAAUUGCAACAUAAAGUUCGUCCUGAUAGUUCAGAAGACACUGGUAGAGACAUCAUGUUUGAUAGUGAGCCAAAUGUGGAGUGUGGGAAGCCAGAAAUAGAGGCGAAAACUACCAGGAGCAAAAAGACUUCUCAGGCCACCUCAAGCUCCUCCAGGUGCUUGUCCGAAGACAGUGACGUUGAGCUAGUGCUCUCGUCAGACCAAGAUUCCUCUGAUGAUUACAUACCUUACUUGAAUAGUAAAACUAAACCAAAGCCAGUCUCUAGAAAAGUGUUACCAGCACGUAAGUGUCAACUAAAUCGUUCACUAAAAAAUGCUAGAAGUCUGAAAACAAAUAAAACAAUAAAAUCUAAUUCUACAUUAAGUAGAAGACUACCUUCUCGUUCUCUAAAGUUUUGGAAUGAUCAAUUAGCUUUUCAGGAGUCACCUGACAGAAUUAGUUCAGGAAAGCCAUCUAAACUGAGCAAAACUCAGAAUAACCCAACUGUUCCAAAUCCUGCCCCAAGUACAAAAAGACAACAGUCUCAUUCUGCACGGACAUUGAGCGAUUUAGGAGAAGCUCGGGGUUCUGUUGCAGAAACUGGUUCCAUAAGGGAACUACGAACGCUGAAUAGGGCUCGGCGAAAAGCAACACUUCCUAAGCCUGCCCCAGCUAAGAGGAGACAGCCAAUUCGUUCUGCAAAACAACGGAGCAGCUUUGCAGAACCUGAGGACUCUGAAGAGGAAAAUGAGUCUGGAAAGGUAUUGAGGCAGCUGACUAGAGCUCGGAUGAAACAAACGCACCCAAAACCUGCCCCAGUUAAAAGGGGGCAACCAUUGUGUUCUGUACAACUACAGAAAGAUGUAGCAGAAUCCGAGGAUAUUGAGGAGGAAAAUGUUUCAGGAAAGGAACGGAGGCAGCCAUCAGGCUCUCUGAAGAAGCAUACUCUUACUGUUCAUGAUUUAGGUAGGAAGAAAAAAACAUCCCAUUCUGCACAACAACUGAGUGAUAUUAUGGAAUGUCCGGGUUCAGAAGAGGAAACCAUUUCAAGAAAGUGCUCUCCGCAACCAACUAGCACUCAAAAGAAAAACUCGCAUCCUGGUCAUGGCACAGGGGAAAAAAGCCAGCUAGCCAGUUCUACGCAACCAGAGAGUUAUUUGGCUAAGGUUUGUGACUCUGAAGAGGAAAAUGUUUCAGUUGGACACUCUGAGACUAAUGAUACAAAGAAACAAACCCCUUCAUAUCAUUCCCCAGGUAGCGGAAAGCAUUCGUCUAGUUCUGACCAACACUUGAUUAAUGUUAGAAGGAACGUAACCGUUUCCAAUCUUGCAUCAGACACAAUGCCUCUCUCUCGCACUGCAAAGCUUAAGAACCAUUUAGCAGAGUCUGGAAAGGAGAACAGUCAUGGGGAGAGUCCUAUGAAACGUAGCAGUACUCGAAAACAACAGAGACCAUCUACUCCCAGCUCAAGCAGAGGAAAAUCAUCAUCUCUCCGUGCAGAACAAGAAACCUGUAAGGAAUUGGGUACCAUUGUCAGUCCAAAAAUAAAUGGUAACAUAAAUCCUAAAGAGAGCGACAAUGAGAAUAAGGACCAUGAACCUGGAGACCGAAACCAACCAGAGAGGAGCAGUAAAUAUCGCCACAGAUUGAAUGACAGUCUCAAAAAACUCCCCAAGAACGUGAUGCACAAAUCCGAUCUUUGGUCCAACCCCGACAGACUAUCACCCUUUAAACCAUCUUCAGCAAUAAGCUGUGAGGAGGAGUGGACGGAGAAAGAACUUAAGAAGCUUUACAAGGCAGUCUCUUCAUUACCACCAUACAAGAGAGGAUUUUGGCAGGAUGUUGCAAUGGCUGUAGGGAGUAGAUCUGCACAGCAUUGCCAGGAGAAAUAUAUGGAGAGACAGCAGACAAAGGGAUCAAAAGCACAAUCCAAGAAGAAAGCAAAGACUGCCAAGAAGAAAGUGGGUGCUGCCAAGAAGAAAGCAGGUGCUGCUGAGAAGAAAAAGCAAGAAGCGAGCAGUGAAGAAAAGGAUACUGUAAAAAUCACAGCGAAAGCAGGGACUCUGAAAAGAAAGCGGCAAAUGCGGGAAUUUUUGGAUCAGAUGGAGAAGGAUGACCAUGACGAUCUGUUCAGUGAUACGAUGUUCCAGAGUGAUAAAGUGAAGCUGCCGAGAUUGAGCAGCAGUCAAGAGGAUUUUGACUUCAAUCUGCCUGAGCUCAACCCAACCACGCCUACAUCUUCUGUCUUCUCGCUGGCUUCUACUCCUCAGUGUGAAUAUCUCACCCCCGGAAUGCUGGAGCCACUGAACAUGGAUGAGAAUGAUAAGUAUGUGUACAGACUUCAGAAAAGCCACAAGUGGGACAAGAUCAUGUGCUGGGACAAGCUAAAGAAGCGAUCGAGGGACUUUUAUCAUGAGAAACCCACCUUUCGAAUGCCAUUACCAAACAAAGACGCUACAGAUGAGUCAUUGAUUGGGAAACUCUUCAAAAAGGAUAAUCCAGAGACGUCCGAUGACGAGGAGGAAAAAGAUUAUUAUUUUUCAGAUGCCUCUGAUGAGGAAAAAUGAAUUUUUUUAAUUUAUUUUUUUAUUAACCUUUUAUGUAAAUGCAAAUUAUAUUUUUGUACGGAUUCUCUACCUGGUUGUAGAGGAGACUGUAACGGUAAAUGGCCUUUUACUCGGGCUGCAACAUUUUAUCUGUCCUGUGCCUCGUUGUGCAGACCCAUCUUUAAAAUGUGUAAAGUGAACAUUGUAAUUUACAGUUUCUAGAAAAUAAAGGAUUGUUCCUGGCGAUGAUGGAUAUAUAGUAUGGAUAAUAAUAAUUAAAAAAAAAUCUAAGUUAUAAAUGUAAAUAAAUCUGAGGAGCUUUUUUUUGUUGGUAGCAGUCCCCACACACAAACUGUCAGGAAAAAAAUGGAAACUGCGCUAAUAUGAUGCACAUAGAACAUAUGUGGCCCAGGAGUACUAAAUAACCACAAGUGACUAAUUUGUAAGUAAUAAAAUACAGAUUGUGUGUCUGUGUUCUACCCUCCACAUUGAGGCUUGAACGGUGGCCCUAUUUGUGAUUGGUAGGAGGCUCCCUCGUGCUCACUUUGAUUGUGAUAUACACGGCACUGGAAUCGCUGCUUUUACUACCACAUCCUCAAAGACACUGAUUCCAUUUCAGUCCCUGACAACUCCACAUCAGGAGUGUUAACCAGGGGGAGUCAUUCCGAGUUGUUCGCUAGCAGCUUUCGUUUGCUGCGCAACGAUCACUCAAAAAAGUCUCUAAUGCGCAUGCGCUUUGUACUAUUACAACGAACGAUAUAGUUUCACAAAAGGUCUAGCGAAGCUUUUCAGUCGCACUGCUGGCCGCAGAGUGAUUGACAGGAAGAGGGUGUUUCUGGGUGUCAACUGACCGUUUUCAGAGAGUGUUCGGAAAAACGCAGGCGUGCCAGUUAAAAAAAAAAAAAAAACCCCAGGCGUGGCUGGGCGAACGCAAGGAGUGUUCGUGACGUCAAAACAGGAACUGAACAGUCUGAAGUGAUCGCAAGUGCUGAGUAGGUCUGAAGCUACUCUGAAACUGCACAAAAUUAUUUUGUAGCCUCUCUGCGAUCCUUUCGUUCGCACUUCUGCUAAGCUAAAAUACACUCCCAGAGGGAGGCGGCAUAGUGUUUGCACGGCUGCUAAAAACUGCUAACGAGCGAUCAACUCGGAAUGACCCCCUAUAUGCUGCCAUAUACCCUUGUCUUUAUAUUUUUUAUGUAGCCCACCUGGGCACAUAAUCUGUAUUGUAUUUUAUUACUUACAAAUUAGUGCUGCAUUUCAUUAUGACAAGUGUGUCAUCUGGGUUGUAACUAGGGAAUUUGUGAAUACUAGUAUGAUACUCUGUAAUACUAUGAUACUACAUUAACUAGUAACCAUAUCUCCCACUCUUUUUUGUAUUACUUGUACGAGACUGGAUAACUCAUGAGUGACCAUAUAUUGAACUAUUUAUAUUAGUCUGGUAUUUUGCAUGAUCUCGCUAUACAUUUACUUUUGGGAUCUUUAACACUUAUUACAAACAUGGAUGGUUUGUUAUCUGAGAUUAACCAAAUGGCUGCACUUUGUAUAUAUAAACAGCCAGACAAAAUUGCAACUUUGAUAUGAUACAUUGCAUAAACAGGUUGUUGCAUUCUCUGUGUUGAUAUGCACAUGUUACAACCUUAAACAGCAAUUUUGAUCUGUUAAAUUAGUGAAUGACUAUACUGCACUUAAACCCAUGUCUUAAUAAAUAUGUUUUAAUAACUUUCUGGACACUUA